AUGAGUCAAGAUCAAUCAAGUGAAAAAUAUGAUGUAAUAGUUAUAGGUGCUGGUGUUGUUGGACCAUGUAUAGCUACUGCUUUGGCCAGACAAGGAAGAAAAGUGUUGAUAGUGGAAAGAGACUGGUCCAAGCCAGAUCGUAUAGUUGGAGAGUUGAUGCAACCAGGAGGGUUGAAAGGAUUGAAAGAGUUGGGGAUGUUACAAGCAGUUAAUGGGAUUGAAGCUAUACACUGUGAAGGUUAUUACAUUAAGUUUCGCGACCAGGCACUUGAAAUCGGAUACCCUGAGAAGCAAGAAGCUUUCAAGACUAAUGCCGUCAAGCCGGUUCCAGGAUGUGUUGAUGAAAAAAACGAUAAGUUAUUGAGUGAUUCAACAAUUAACAUUGAAGAAUGGGAAAAAGAUGAGAAAGUUAGAGGAAUUUCGUUUCACCACGGUGACUUCUUAUUGAAUUUACGUAAGAUGGUUCGUGAAGAGCCUAAUGUUACUUGGUUAGAAGGUACUGUGAAUAAGAUGAUUAAAGAUGAAGAGAAUGAAGAGAUUGUUCGUGGUAUACGAGUGAAAAUUAAUGAUAAGAAUGAAAUUUACAAAGCGAAAUUAACCAUUUGUUGUGAUGGGAUCUAUUCCAAAUUCCGUAAAGAGUUAUCACCAAAAAACGUACCUACUAUCGAAUCUUAUUUUGUUGGUUUAGAAUUAGAUGAUGCAGUCUUACCAUCACCAAAUCAUGGACAUGUCAUAUUAGGAGAUCAUGCUCCGUGUCUCAUCUACCAAAUCUCCCCCCAUAAAACCAGAUGUUUAUGUGCAUACGCAUCAACCAAACCACCAAGUCAAUCAAAUCGUGAAUUUAUUGAUUACUUAGAAAAUCAAGUAUUACCAGCAAUUCCAAAACCAACACAACCUUCUUUCAAAGCUGCCAUUGACUCAAGAAAAUUUAGAGCAAUGCCAAAUCAAUACUUACCAGCUUUAAAACAAGGUAGAUCUCCUUUGGGGCUCAUCAUGUUGGGUGACUCCUUGAAUAUGAGACACCCAUUAACUGGUGGUGGGAUGACUGUUGGUAUCAACGAUGCUGCAUUAUUAGCAAAACUCUUAUGUCCAAAACAGAUUGAAGAUUUUGAAGAUUACGAUAUCUUGGAGAAGAAAUUAAGACAAUUCCAUGUUAAGAGAAAAAAUUUGGAUGCAGUGGUGAAUACUUUAUCGAUUGCAUUAUAUGCAUUAUUUGCAGCCGAUAAGGCUUCCUUGAAAAUUUUACAAAAUGGUUGUUUCAAGUAUUUCCAAAGAGGCGGGGCUUGUGUUCUGGGUCCAAUUGGUUUAUUAUCGGGGAUGUUACCUUUCCCAAUGUUGUUAUUCAAUCAUUUCUUUAGUGUUGCCUUUUAUUCAAUCUACUGCAAUUUCAUCGAUAGAGGCUUGUUGGGCUUCCCAAUCGCCAUCUACGAAGCCUUUGACGUCCUUUUCACCGCAAUCUACAUCUUCACUCCCUACUUGUGGAAUGAACUUGUCAAUUAA